UCUAAUUAAUUAUCAGCAUCACUUAAAGCUGCAUAGCGCUACUCCUCUCAUACCCAAAUACCAAAAAACAGCGCAUAACGCCAGACUAAUUCUCUGUACAUAUGUCAAAUAUACCGUAGGUUAAAAUAAUAAUCAUAAUCAUAACAAUAAAUACGUGAUGCAUGAUUUACGUUUGGAAGGGUACGAAAUGACAUCCUAUCGCGAUGAAUUUUGUUAUAUUUAUUUUCUACUCGUGAAAAUGUCGAUGUGUACAUGUGGAUAAUAAUACCUAUGCCACGAGGGAAAGAAAAAUUUGCGAGUGAUUGCUGGGAGCAUUGAGGAAAGCAACUCCCCGAGGAUUUUUCGUGUUCCUUUGUCUCGAUUUUAGCGUUAAUUUUUACAAGUGUUUCUGGACCACAGAGAAAUUGUGACCUGGAGGAUGAAGGGUGUACAGGUUAGGUGAUGAGGCAAGAUCAGAGGGGUUCAGGUGGAUUCCUGGGGACAGGAUGAUGGUUUCAUUGUGUCGUUCACGGGUUUCAAAAAAUAAUUCUGUACUCGUCACAGUAAUUUGACAUAACUUCACGACAAUAUCACCUCCAGACAAAUUCCCAGCACUAUGUCAACUCAUAGAGGAACCCAGCAGAGUGCCCCACCUGGUCUUAAACAAAUCGACCUGGACCAGAUAUGGGGAGACCUUCGGGAAGGUAUCGAGCAAGUCUACAAUCGCCAGUGCAUGUCCAAGCCCCGGUAUAUCGAGUUAUACACUCACGUUUACAACUACUGCACAUCGGUCCACCAACAGGUGACACGUACAGCAACAAAAAGUAAAAAAGGCCAGAUAUCAGGGGGUGCCCAGCUGGUGGGUUUGGAGCUCUACAAACGUCUCCGAGAUUUUCUCAGGAAUUACCUCAUAAGUCUCCUCAAGCACGGAAUAGAUCUCAUGGACGAGGAUGUUCUCCAGUUCUACACAAGGCAGUGGGAGGAGUAUCAAUUCAGUUCAAAAGUGCUGAAUGGUGUCUGUGCGUACCUGAAUCGUCACUGGGUUCGUCGAGAGUGCGAGGAGGGACGCAAGGGCAUCUACGAGAUUUAUCAGUUAGCCCUUGUCACUUGGCGGGACAAUCUCUUCAAGCAUCUUAAUCGACAAGUCACAAAUGCCGUUUUGAAACUUAUCGAACGUGAACGCAAUGGCGAAACUAUAAACACACGUCUGGUAUCGGGCGUGAUAAACUGUUAUGUAGAGCUGGGCCUCAAUGAGGAAGACCCGGGGGCUAGGGGGGCCAAUCUGACUGUCUACAAGGACUCAUUUGAGAACGUCUUUCUCGAGGAUACUGAACGCUUCUACACGAGGGAAAGCUCAGAAUUCCUCAGGCAGAAUCCAGUGACUGAGUACAUGAAGAAGGCGGAGCAAAGGCUCCUGGAAGAACAGAAGCGAGUGCAGGUAUACCUUCAUCAAACCACUCAUGAACGCCUAGCCAAGACUUGUGAGCGAGUUUUAAUCGAGAAACAUCUCGACAUAUUCCACUCCGAAUUUCAAAAUCUUCUGGACGCAGACAAGAACAAUGAUCUCGGUAGAAUGUACCAGUUGGUGGCAAGGAUACCUAAUGGUCUUGGUGAACUUCGAAAUCUCCUCGAGGGUCACAUCGCCAAUCAGGGGUUGGCAGCGAUCGACAAAUGCGGUGACUCAGCUGCCAACGAUCCCAAGGUCUACGUUAACACAAUUCUCGAGGUUCACAAGAAGUACAAUGCCCUUGUGCUUGUGGCCUUCAGCAACGACUCAGGAUUCGUUGCUGCAUUGGACAAAGCCUGCGGAAGAUUUAUCAACAGCAAUUCAGUGACGAGAGCUGCCAAUAGUAGCAGCAAGUCACCAGAAUUGCUGGCUAAAUAUUGUGAUCUCUUGCUGAAGAAGAGCAGUAAAAAUCCGGAGGAAGCUGAACUAGAGGAUACCCUCAACCAGGUUAUGGUGGUGUUCAAGUACAUCGAGGAUAAAGACGUCUUUCAGAAAUUCUACAGCAAAAUGUUGGCAAAACGAUUGGUCCAGCACAUGUCGGCCAGUGACGAUGCUGAAGCAUCAAUGAUAUCAAAAUUGAAACAAGCGUGUGGCUUCGAAUACACCUCGAAGCUCCAGAGAAUGUUCCAAGACAUUGGUGUGUCCAAGGAUCUCAACGAAGCCUUCAGAAGGCAUCUUACCAAUUCAGCGGAACCACUGGAUAUUGAUUUUAGUAUUCAAGUACUUUCGUCAGGCUCGUGGCCCUUUCAGCAGUCCUUCACGUUCUCGUUACCAACUGAACUGGAGAGAUCUGUUCACAGGUUCACAACGUUCUACAGCUCUCAGCACAGUGGCAGAAAGCUCAAUUGGUUGUACAAUAUGAGCAAGGGAGAACUCCAUACAAAUUGCUUUAAAAAUAGGUACACACUGCAAGCGUCUACCUUCCAGAUGGCUGUUCUCCUUCAAUACAAUGCUGCUACAAUGUGGACGAUACAGCAGCUGCACGACGCGACGCAAAUUAAAAUGGAUUUUUUGGUUCAAGUUGUGCAGAUUCUACUUAAAGCUAAGCUUUUGACUGCUGCCGUUGAUGACGAGACUGAAUUAAAUGCUGGGAGCAAUGUCGAGCUAUUCAGCGGGUACAAGAAUAAAAAAUUGAGGGUCAACAUUAACAUCCCGAUGAAGACGGAAUUGAAGGUCGAACAGGAGACAACUCACAAACACAUCGAGGAAGACCGUAAACUCUUGAUACAAGCAGCAAUCGUGAGAAUCAUGAAGAUGAGGAAAAUGUUGAAACACCAGCAACUGGUGGCUGAGGUCCUCAAUCAGCUCAAUUCAAGGUUUAAGCCGAGGGUUCAUAUAAUAAAGAAAUGCAUAGAUAUUUUAAUCGAGAAGGAAUAUCUGGAGCGCACCGAGGGCCAGAAGGACACGUACAGUUACUUGGCAUGAUUUUCCAAUGACUCGUGAAUCAUCUUUCUCCAUUAAACAAUUAAAAAAUCCAAUUAAAAAAACAGACAAGAAAUAGAAGAUAAAGAAAAAGGUCAUAAGAAUGUUCUCUUAAUGUCAGACAGCGUGUCAGGUGUUGCGACAAUUUCUGUUUCUCUAUUCUUCGUUCAUUGUCACACGUGUAACUGUUCUCUUCUUCUUUUUUUUUGUUUAAAAUAAAAUGAGGAGGAACAAGAACAAUUAAAUUCUCCAGAUCUCGUUUGAUGAGAGGAUAAUCAAUAAUUGGAGGUGAAAUGGUCGGUAUUUUUGAUGGUACGGUUGAAAAUAAAGGAACAGCACGUCUGGAGAAACGUUCGAACGUUUUUCCAGUGGUAUUAAAAAUUUGUUUAGCUCUUUUUUAAUUGAACGAUGGAAAUAAAUGUGGGAAAUUUGCUUCAUUUUC